CUUGGUGCGGGGUUGGGUAGGGACCUCAACUCUCAAUGACCACUUCAACAGCGACUGCUGCCAUCCCUCCACCUGGCGCCGCGGCUCGCGCGGCUGACACGGACCCAACGACGACACGCACAGCACUUCUAGCAUCCGGCUGCGCGAUGUACAGGAGGCCAUCACUCCGUGCUGCUGCUGCAGCCGCUGCUGCUGCCUGCCUUCACGUGGCGAUCAUCUUCACCUCGAUUCCACUCGCAGCCGCGAAAUCCAACUGCCAAGACAGAAAUGUUGAUUGCCAGGACCAAUUUCGAGGUCCCCUAGGUGCCCUUGGGCCUCCUGGCCCUCAAGGCUUAGACUGCGAGCGUGGGAUGAGUUGCUGCAACGCUGUCAAGGGAGACAAGGGGGACCCGGGCACCGUAGAUGGACCCUCCAAUUUGGACGCGUGUCCUGUCGGAGAGAAGGGGUACAGCGGCGCGAUGGGUUUCGCGGGAAUGCCAGGCCCUCCCGGACCCAGAGGCGUCCCCGGGCAACUCGGGCCUAGUGGGAGGCUUUGCAAACUCGCGCCACCAGGGCUGAACGGGAACCCAGGAUCCCGUGGGCAGCCGGGGCCUCCGGGAACCACGGGAUUAAUGGGACCACCGGGAUUUCCUGGACAGGAGGGGUUUAAAGGUGUCACGGGACUGAGAGGCGCUGCGGGCGAUGGCUGCAUACUUGGACCGCCGGGCCCUCCAGGCGGUCGAGGCAGAAAGGGAGUUCCUGGGCUGUGCGGCAUCAUGGGAAUGACUGGGGCUCCUGGCAGAAAAGGAGAGAUUGGUGAGCCCGGUUUUCCAGGACCCUUUGGCAUUGAUGGGAACUGUGGAGUGACUGGCCGGCCAGGCCCACCGGGCAACCCCGGCAUCAUGGGCUCAGUGGGAUUCCCAGGAACGCCUGGCUUUCGUGGGGGUGUUGGACCAAGAGGGCCGGUUGGGGAUCCAGGUGGGUUGGGAAUGUCAGGUGGUAUUGGUUCUCUGGGCCCCCCCGGUGCAAUCGGAGAGCCCGGAAUCAUGGGGCCUCGUGGAAUGGGAAUUCCUGGAGAUGCGGGCCCACAGGGACUUCCAGGAGACGCAGGCCCGCCUGGCGCUCGCGGACCGUGCGGGAUGAUGGGUCCUCCAGGUUUCAUGGGUCCUGCUGGACCGAGAGGAUAUGCGGGACAGUGCUCGGUCAGCUGCAAUCAGCCGGGGCCUCCGGGGCAACGUGGAAUCCCAGGUCCUCCAGGACCCCCAGGCUCAGCACUUACACCUGCAAAUAAUCUGCGACAUCCCUGCGAGCCAACCGAUUAUCCGCGACAUCCCUGCGAGGCCACGUACAUUCAGCCAUAUCAAUAUUUCAAAUGUUCCACCGACUACACUGAGCGCAUUCCUUACGUACAAACAACCUAUCGCCUGCAGCAAAACCCCAAUGGUACGAACGUCGGCACGUUGCAGCGCCCCCCGUCCAAAUCAUUGCCCAAGGACAUCUACCGGUUCAAAGACGAGACCAAGAAGUCCAAAAUGAAGCUGACUGACUUCGUGCGCAAGGCCUCUGAAGCAAAAAAGAAAAGAUCCCUGCGGUCCAUCAACGCCGGCCGCGGCGCGCCCUUCCCAGCCUUCACCGUCAAGUCCCUGAAUCUGCGGCCCGCGGCAGGCCAGGCAGUCAGGUUCGACAGCGUCAUCUUCGACGCAAAGGCUCAGUACAAUCGAUCGAGCGGCGAGUUCAUGUGCAUGACCAACGGCAUCUACAACUUCGCCUACAGCCUGGACACGGAGGAGCGCGUGUGCGCGGGACUGCACAGGAACGUCGCCUCCGUCGUCGUCACGGAGAGCUGCAACGGCGCUCAGGAGGGCUGCCCUGCGGGUCGUUUCUCAGAGAACGUUGUCCUGGAGCUGCGGACCGGUGAAACCGUAUGGAUGGAGUUUUACUCGAAGGCUCCAGCUGUCAAGCUGGCACCUGGCAAGGCGCAGCUUACUUUCUCGGGACACCUACUGCACGAGCUGUGAGUCAACAUCCCGCCACGGUGGCUAGGAGAUGUUGACUCCCUUCACCCGGUAUGCAGGAGGUCGUGGGU